UAGUGCACUUUGUUAAAAGUUUUCUAGAUUUAAAAAUAAUACAAAAUGGUUUUGUUAUCUGCGCGACUAUUACGGAUUCAACAAUUUAAGAAGCUUAUAGCUGACAAUCAGAAUGCUAUGAAAGGUCUUAUGAGUGGCAAACACCCGAUUAUAAAAACGAAACAAUACCUUGAUCAAGGAAUCGUAUUAAGAGACGGCGUGAAAAUCAUGACAAUGCAUUACGGAAAUUAUGAAAGCAAUUAUGAAUCGCAUAGCGGGAUUCGGAAAGUAGUUGAGCUGAACUUGUCUCAGUUUCAACACAAGAAUCCUGACGUUCAGAUUCUAGUCAUUAAAGAUCUCACGCCAUCUCCGUUCUUUACAUUUUUUCUUGAAAAUGGUGAGAGGUUUUACAUAGAUGUGGAAGGGAAGAAUCAAGUUGAAAUUCUAUCUCAAAUUCAAAAAGUCAUCGGCAAACCAAAGGAAUUAAUAGAAAAAGAAUCAAUCGCUGCUGAAGCAAACCCUGCUAACUUUGGUCCUGAGUUUAACAGGAAAUGCAUAUGUGAGGUUCAGGGACAAUUGCCGUGCUCAUUUGUAGAUGAUGUGUGGCCUAUAUUGGAGAGAAAGGAACUUAAGAAAAAUAUUAAUCUUAAUCCUAAAAAAUAUGUCUUUGGGAUGGAGGAUGAAGACACUUAAAAGAACUUUGAAUAAAUUUUUAUUUUGUUUGAUCAUAUUAACUUCUAGUCAAAAGGCUCUAAAACUGAUGUUUUAAGACAUGUGCCCAAUGAGGUCUUGAAAUAUCUAUAAAACGGCAUAUUUU